CUGGCCAGUGUAAGGACCACCUUAUCAUGUGCUGAAAGGUUCUUUGGCAGCUUUGAGGAAGCAACAGGCAGCAAGAUUGUGCAAGAUGAUCGCACAGAGAUAUAUUCAGUAUGCAGAUCCUAUUCAAAAGAGAGCCAGUGUCCUAAUUGAUUGGAGUGGAUUAAAAGGACCUGGACAGCAGAGAGUGAAAUUGAGGGCACCAAGAAAAAAAAGUUCAACUUCACUAGGAAUGAUUUCACUGAUCUUGUGUCUUCAAUGUGGACCUGUGAUAGCCCUGUCUUUCUGCAUGGCUUCUCAAAGGUGUUUAUCCUAUUUGCACUACAGGUGUUUCUAUUCAUGGAAGCAAGGAUUGGUGCUUUCAUUCCAAAUGCAAAAUACAGGAGUCAGAGGGGCCUCUGAUAUAAGCAUAUCGAGCUGAUGUUGUUCUGUAGUCCGAACCAAAACAAACCUUGGAAGAUAGGCUGGCGGAUCAACCAGCAAUGGUUAAAAAAGAACCAAAACCCAAAUUAUACAGAAGUGCAUUCAAAAUGACAUGCAUGGAUUUAUUGCUGUAUCACACGCGUUGUUGUUGACUGGCUUGUUAGAUUUGGUAUUGGAAUUCAUGAUAACAACAGACCACAAUUUGC